CGCAAAUACCGGUACCCCGACAUUAUCGCUAAGAGCUGUUGUCACAGGAGCUUCUAUAGAACUUCGCAUUGGCUUCGGUUUGCCUCUAUCUAAGCUAUAAGCACCUAGGGCUAUCUGAGGACGUUUCAGAGCCUCCAUGUAAGGCUGGUGCAACCUUUGAGAACUAGGUCAGUUCGGAUGUUUGGCCUGCGCUCUGCGGGGUUACUAUUACUUGCCACACUAAGCAGCGCAAGCAUUAAUUUAAUUAUCGAGAACCGCAGGGCCAGUUAACCAUUUCGGUGUAGUGUACAGUAAGGCCCUCCCAGGCCCUGCCUCUAGGGACUCUAGCGCCUGGCCACUUCCAAACAACAGCUGUGGAAAGUAAUUUCUAACACUCAUCGCGUCAGACACAGAAGAAAGUAGCACGUAUACUGAUCGAGUGUGGUAGCGUCGCUGUGCAUGGAAAAGUGCCCGACUUGACCGUCUCAGCCUAAACAUGCUGCCCACAAAAUUACGCUCUGGCACACCUGUCGGCUGUUCGAGGUGUCCAGGGUUUGUGUGUCCUUUUGUGGCUCUGGCUCUCCUUGCACUUGCAAUCAGCAGCGCCAGGUUGACAGCCGCCGCCACGGGUGGCAAGGUCUCCAAGUAUCUCUACGCAUGGGCGGGCGCUGCGGACCCCUCGCUGGCGCGUGACUCCCUUUUCGUCUUCAGCGUGCGACCGAACGAUGAAGACUUUGGUAAACUCCUGCACGUUAUCGAGACGCCGUACAACGGCCUGGAGCCGCACCACUGUCGGCCCUCCGUGGACGGCCGCUGGCUGGCCUGCAGUUGCAUGCUGGCAGUCUUCUCCGGCCUGCCCUCCAUCCUCUUCUUCAGCCUCGCAAACCCCGCAAAGCCCGUGCUGCUGAACAACGUCAGCCUGCCGGUUCACAGCGCUGUCGCUGAUGAGUUCGUGGCCACACCAGAUGGCGGUUUCCUUGUGACAAUGAUGGGCAACACGAGCGGCUGGGCGCCAGGGCGCGUAGCCCGCUAUGACUCGGACCUCAACCUGCUUGGGGAGUAUCCACGCGAUCUUAGGGUCCUCGAAUCGGCGCCUGGGUUUAACCCUCAUGGAAUUGGUGCCGACUUCAAGCGGGAAACCAUGCUGACGGUCGACUACCUUGAGCCCGCUAGCAGCCUGGUCGGCAACACCCUCACCUUCCGCAACACCGCGAGGCUAUGGAACUUGACAGACAUGAGCAUCACUCGCACCUACGUGCUACCCAAGACCCAACACUCCAAGGGCGCUAUGGAUGCGGUGGCUAUCGGAGACACAGGCGGGUAUUAUUUCACGGGCGGCAACGGAUACCUGUACUAUCUGAACGCCACGCGAGGCAAGAAAGCCACGCCCAAGAUUGUGUUUGACGUGAAGACCCGCCAGACAGUGUCCUGCAUCUUGCAGCCCUUCCGUGGAGGCACACGACUGCUGAUGGCCAUCUUCUCCUUGGACCGGGUGUUUCUCCUCGACACAACCAUGCCCCGCAAGCCCAAGGUGCUCGACGUCUACAAGUUCCCCAAGGGAGCUGGCGGCCAUGUGGUCCGCGUCUCCAAGGACGAGAGCCUGGUGGCCGUGGGCACGUACUUUGUGGAUGAAGGCGCCAUUGGGCAGAUUCGCUACCCGGGCGAUUGCACGGUGCGCUUCCUGCGGCUGGACCCGCUGGGCAGCCGCUUCCUGAGGGGACGGUGGCCGUACAGCCGCGGACCCGUGAUCAACUUCACGGAGCUGCUGCCGGGCAAGGGGGGUUUCCGUACACAUGGGGUUGCGUUCCUGUGAACACUACCAUGCAUGUGACACAUACACGCACGGUAGAAGAGCAGGAGAUCACUAAUGCUAUUACAGAAGGAGUCUAGAAGAGGCUGCUUUGAAGGCUGGGCCGUGGUGCGAGCUGCAGGGCGAGUACGGCUGCUGGAAGGUUGGGGGGCAUGUGUCGGAGCAUUGUGUAUCUGCCCAGGGCUGUGUUAGACAUUUGCCUGAAUGGUUAAUUGAUUGUGGGGCCCUUGUGACCCAUGGGUCGUGCCUUAGACCAGUCUAGAUUGCAUUGCCAGAGCACACUGUUUGGACAUUCUUUCUUGCCUGCAUAUGCCUGUAGAGGGCAUAGAAGAGUGCUUAUUGUAUCCAAAGGGGUGUAUGGGCAAAGGCCUGGCCAAAUGUCACGUUGGCUCGCCCUUAUCCUAUAGGUCUUUCAAUUCAUGGGUUCCAGUGUGCAGUGUUAUGUAGUUGGUAGUUGUGCUGUGUUUCAAAGGAUUAACAAUUCGAAGAAGUAUAGUGAUCGACUCGUACAAAAGUGUACAUAUAGAAGUUCCCCAGAUUCCUGUAUGACGUACGGCAACGAUCCCAUUUCCGUGCGAAACGUGCAGUUUCCUGUGCCGCGCGGGUCUUGCGUUCUCUCCCGUUGUUUCCGACUCGUCGAAAUAUGUGAGAAGAUCAGUGCACGUUUUCGGCUGUUUGGUUAUCCUAUUGACUCUUGUCGUUUUUUUGUCGUACGUGUUUUAUUCAUUUUGCAUAUAUACUGUAGGUAGGGAGAUAAGACGUAGUACAGCUGAGUAAAGCGGCCAAUCCGUUCAGUCACCAGGCACGUGUCAAUGAUGUGGUCAUACCGUAUGUUUCGUAGUGGCAGUAGUUGCAAUGUAGGAUCAUUGUGACUUCCGGGACCGUAGGGCUACAAGUGCGCCAAGCAAGUAAGGGUGUGCGGAUCAGUUUAGUCAGCCCAACCGUGACGAGAAAUCCCGUUCGUUUCAACAUUUUUUGUCCUCCCUGCAUGUCAUGCCAGCAUCUCAGCUUCACCACUCCUACCCUCACUUGCAUCUCUGCAAUACCUCUACAACUUAUAAUCUUGUAAUUGACACCUUGAUUAACAUCCUACAUUGGUGGCUCCCCAUUGACCUCCUACA